CAAAAACAAGUCCUGACCAGACUUGAUCUAUCUCUGAAGCCGGGAUACAGAAGCCAGAAUGCCGUCUCGCAAGACAAAAGGCUACAAGAAGCGCAAGACGUCGUCGGUGUCGAUUCCGAAAGACGCGCUGAAGAGUGUGAAGAACAAAAUCAAGCGGGAGAAUCUAUUAGCGAAAGUGCGCGAUGAGCACAACAUCUCGAAACACAAAGCGCGCAAGGAGCGCUUGAAGAUGGAGGCGUCUGAUCCCGAACUCAAGGCGGAGCGGUUAGCGAGUAAUAUCCCGUCGACGAUUGAGGCGAUGCGGGUGUACGACGAGACGGUGAACGUGGCGGCCGAAGGAGAAGACGAGUUUGAGGAAUACUUUCGCGACAAGAAGCCGCCAAAGGUGCUGAUCACGACGUCGAAGAAUGCCCGCGGCGAGGCGUACGAGCUUUCGGAUCAGCUCAUCGACAUUAUCCCGGGCUCGGAGUUUGUCAAGCGGGGGCACAAGUUCUCGAUGAAGGAGAUUGCAAAGUUCUGCAACAACCGCGAGUUUACCGAUCUGGUGGUCAUCAGCGAAGACAAGAAAGAAGUCAACGGACUCACGUUCGUGCACCUUCCCAACGGCCCAACGAUGUUCUUCUCGCUCACAUCACUGCGCAUGCCGAAGCAGAUCUCAGGCCACGGACGCGCGACCGAGCACUCACCCGAGCUUAUCCUCAACAACUUCUCUACCCGGCUCGGUUCGACAGUCGGCAGACUUUUCCAAUCCCUGUUCCCGCAGACACCAGAGUUUGUCGGCCGCCAGGUCGUGACAUUACACAACCAGCGAGAUUUUAUAUUCUUCCGAAGACAUCGGUAUGUCUUCAAGGAGACCGAGCGGGUGGGCUUGCAGGAGCUGGGACCGCAGUUUACGUUGAAGCUGCGACGUGUGCAGAGAGGUAUCGCCGAGGAGAUGGAGUGGGAGCAUCGGCCAGAUAUGGACAAGGAGAAGCACAAGUUUUACUUGUAAAUUUGUUUUCAUGUUUGGAUCUCUUGUCAUCUCUUGUUUGUCCGGGUCUUUCACAAAAUUCAUUCUGGAGUUUCUUUUCGGUUUUAUGUUUAUACACUGUUUCGUGCUUGGA